CUCUAUUGACGCGCGAUAAAAAAAAAGACAACGCAAGAAGACGGAAGGCGCUGCAGUAGCUGGGAAGAUCAAGAACGCGUUGCGCAGUUGCGCUCGAAUGGCUGUGGCGACUGUGAAGUUGAAGUGAAAAUGGUGGUUUUCUACAGCUGCUGUUGGGGCAUCUUUGUCAUCUUGACGACCACCGCCGAGAGCCGCACAUCUGACGUCACACAGCGGCAUGUCCUCGUGUCUAACAACAUCAGCCUUCCAUGUCUGGUGCCCGUUUCCAGUGUGGGCGAUCUGAGUGAUGUUAGUGUGCUGUGGACGAUCUCUGACACCAAAGGCGAGAGGCUGCUCUAUAACUUCACCACCGGGACUGGCACAUCUCAUCGAGCUGGUGCACAUGUAUCCCCAGAGAGGAUGAGUUUGGGCGAUGCAUCUCUUGUCAUCCCACAAGUCCAGCUUGGAGAUGAAGGCAUCUAUACUUGUGUAGUGUACAGCGCCUUUUCAGACAUCACGGCACAAGUCGAGCUUUUAGUGUCUGCUCUGCCCACCAUUCAAGUCCAGCCAAGUCAAGUUGAAGUGACCCUUGGCAAUGAGAAAACGUUCAUCUGCAAAGUGGGAGGAUUUGGAUUCUACCCUAAGGAUGUCAAGAUCACAUGGUGGAAGGUCAGUGGCAUCCCAGCAGAAGAGAUGGCCAUCACCACAAAUGUCUGCAUUGGGAGCCCGAAUUUAAACAGUGAAGGCUCCUAUGACAUCAGCAGCUUCCUUCUGCUGAAUCCCGGCCUGGAAGACAAUGGGACUUUCUAUAAAUGUGUCGUGCAUCACCCAACGUUCACCGAACCACUCUCCCAGCAGUCCCAGCUGUUUGUAAAAGAACCUGAAAAGCAAUUCAGUGGCUUCCUGGUGAUUGCGAUUGUGAUGCUAGUGGCAUUUCUGAUUAUCCUGCUUGUCUAUCUGCUAUUAUUUAAAAAAGUGCCACCUCGAGUGACAGAGGUAAGUCUGAAUGGCCCACUGAAGCACAAAGAGAAAUCAACUUUCCAGUGCCUGGUGUCAGACUUCCAUCCUAAACACAUUGCCAUAAAGCUGUUCCUCCAACGGAAAGGUCAGGAGAAGCACAUGAUUCUCAACUGGAAUAACGGGAGGUCUUUCAGCAAGUCUGCCUUUAAAGAAUUACUCCAAGAUGUUUGCUUUUCCAAGCCGAAAAACCAGGACGAGUGCUGCAUUCCCAUAAACUCCGUGCCAGCCAUUGGAGACCUGGGCCACUCGUUUUCAGCGGAGAUCAGCAAGGAGGGGCAGGACGAUGGUACUCUGAUACUGCAGAUAUCUGCAUUUCCAGACAUUAGCACUGACCAGGAUGUCAAGCUCUUGCUGGAUAUCGAGCAUCCUGCACUGCGAAACCCACUUCAGAAGAACUUCACCCUGCAUAUCAUUGGAGAGAAGCCCAAACUGAAUGAAAUUUUGGCUUCACCCAUUGUGUGUCAUGGCGACCUCGUGGCUCUGACCUGCCCAGUGUCGGGGUUUAAACCCAGACCUUUGAACAUCACGUGGUUUAAACGGGACAGGAAUGGAGAGAUGUGGAGGGUUGGUGGCACAGACGAGCAGCUGGGUGCAGAAAAUGACACAAUACCUGUAAAACGGAGUGCCAGCUGCUGGCAUAGUAUCAGCGAGGGGCAGUGCAGUGAAGACUUCACGUACAACAUCAUGAGCAUCCUGACAUUUGUGCCCUCCUUACAAGAAGAUCUCGAGUCCACGUACAUCUGCGAAGUAUACCACCCUGCCACCCAAUCCACGCAGCGGCGCAGCAAAGUUUUACACGUGAAAGCCUCACCACAGUUGGACAGCAUUCAGCUAAUGCAUGAAAACCCACAGGCCGAUGUUCCCAUGACUCUGCAGUGCCGAAUUCACUCGUACUUCCCACAAGACACCCUUGAAGUGGUUUGGUAUGUCGAUGGGAAAGAAGUGACAGCUGGAGUGACUGUUAGCGACACCGGACAGGCAGAUAACAGUCUGUACCACUGCACGAGUCUCAUCAAGCUGACGCCAACCUGGAAAGAUGUGGGCAAGCAGUUCAAAUGUGAAGUCCGGCACGACGGUCUGGCACAGUCCACGUUCAAGGAAUGGACUUUGACCAAGCUGAUUUCAUUACCAAAAGUUGACAAAAUAAUUUGUGAGCCUAAAGUGCCAGUGUUUGGUCAACCGGUGACGAUGUCCUGCAGCAUAAGGGACUUCUACCCCAAGGAUUGCUCUGUGGUGUGGGUCAAAGGUUUUGAAAUAAUGAGCGACGGGACGGAGACUGAGGAGCCCGAGGCAGACAUAGAAACAAAACUUUACAGGUGCAAGACCAGACACACCUUCAUCCCCACCCGUGACGACCUUGGCUGUGAGUUUACAGUGGAGAUGAUACAUCAGGGAAUUACGCUGCGGCCGCCCAAAGAUUUGUCUCUCAUGCUUACUGAAGGGGGUUUGCACUGGGAAAGAUGAGCCCAUCCAAAGAUGGAUUCUCGAUGAGAUGCGUGAGUACAACGAUGGGAUAAGUGGCGGCCUGCUGCACUUUGCUUCCGAGCAGGUGAGGACGUGUUGGUCGGUGCCAAGCAGAGACUCGUCUUUCUGACGUCUCAGUUUAUCUCACUGGCUUCUGGGUGGAUUUCUUGUUGAAGUCGGAUUUUAAAAAUGACGGCAACAUUUUCUACUGUAACUUGACUGGACGCUGGACUUUCUGCUGGGUGACUUCCAUGUGUUGGUGAAAAGACCGCUGACUACUGACUGCGUCUUUAAAACACAACCUGAACUCCGAGGAGCCGUCGAGGCCGUCUCAGUCUGGUGCUCGGGUUUGUCUUUGUCUUGAUGGAAUGAUUUUUCUUCCAGAUUUUCUAUGCUGAUCAACAAUGAUUAAAAUCUCUAAACACAAUAUAUCAAUAAAUAUAUAUAUUUUGUACAGACA